AUGUUCGAGGAAACGCAGCAGAAGAACGUUGUCGAGUCGCUUUGCGUUUUGUACGUAGCGUUGACGCGAGCGGUGCAUGGACUGCACAUGGUCAUCAAGCCCCGGCCGCAGCCGAAAAGUGGCGGCGACGGCCCCUCAAAGUCGUUCUCGGGCAUUAUCUUGAACGGCCUGACCGAUAUCCCUUAUCCGCUGGAGCAACAGCUUUUGUACAGCCAAGGGAAUCCGGCCUGGUUUGAAUCGGUCGAGAAAAAAGCAACCGAGCAAGAGGGAGGUCGACUUCGCCGCGUGAAGGACCUGCUGAAGGAAGAGACGGUUUCGGCUGGCAUGCAGUAUGGCUCGGCCAUGCAUCACUGGAUGGAGUCGGUGACCUGGCAGAAAACAUUCCAUGCCGAUCGCGAUACGAUGAUAGCCUCGGCGCGAACUUUGUACGGCGACUUUGCGUACGGCAAUGCGUUCGAUCACUUUCAAAGCGUGCUGCAAUCAGACGCCGCGAUUGAACUACUUGAUCAACAGACGUACCUCGGCAAACCAUGGUGGGACAAUGCCCAGUCAGAUGAUACGGUAAGUGUUCACUGUGAAUUCCCUUUCGCGAUCACGCAUCAAGGGAGCGUGCUGCGAGGUUCGAUCGACCGCCUGGCGUUGGUCAAGCGAGACGGCCAAGUCAUCGCCGCCGACGUGAUCGAUUUUAAAACCGAUACCUUCGAUGACGCCAAACAGCUGAAAGAUAAAGUCCGGCACUAUCGUCCCCAAGUCGAUGCCUAUCGUGGGGCGGUGGCCCAGAUAUUCAAGCUUCCCGCAGCGGCCAUUCGCGGCACGUUGUUCUUCGUGCAUAAGCCGCAGACGAUCUGCUGGCGGGAGGAAGGAAACGAAUGA